ACAUUUGAUAGUUGAACGGCAUGAGAUUAGUGGAAAACAAACGAACGAAUAAACUUCAAGUUGAAGUUGUUUUGAACUUUGGCAAUGAACCUUAUUACCUGACCACUGACCACUGACCAGUAUACACUAUACAGUAUACACCAGUAUAGUAUACACUAUACAGUCUAUACACUACACGGAGCUAGGAAGAGUCUGUUUCCAUGCAGUCUCACCCUAGUAGCCUCAUCAAGCAGGUGCUAAAAACGUACGACAUUUACGGUCUUAUAAAUUCACCAAGCAGUAAACGUUGUAACUUUAUUAAGUUAUACUGACAUAGAUGAUGGAGGCUAGGACAUUGUAUGGAUUGCAGCCAUCGAUUGUGUUUGAAGCGUCCGUUCACAUUUUGCGUCACAAUUACUCAGCAGCAAAAGACGUCGCAUCAGGCAAACUACAAAAAUUGUCCGGUGUCGAAGAAUUGCUCGGAACUUCUCAAGAUAAUCCUGAUAACACUGUCUUGUUAUGGAUAGACGGAAAGAACAACUUUGUCCCACCCAACAUUGACCAUUUGUUCGAGCGUGCGUUCCUAGAACUGAACCUGAGAAACCCCGAAACCCUUUCAAAACUCGGAUUUCUUGAGCUAGCUGGCAUUAAAAACCAAAACGGAUACCUUCAAGAAUCUCCUUCCGAUCACCACGAGGAAGUGCUAAAGUUAUCCAGUGAAUACAUGCUAUCUGCGCUGGAAGAGAAUUGGUGGGAAAAUUUAAGUUCUGAACAAGAGCUUUCUCGAAAAAUCCUAAAAUGGAGAGUUGAGAAUAGCAACCGCGAUUUCAGAGAUCACAUUUUUCCAAUUUCACUGACCUUUACAAGUGACCUUAAACAGUUCAUUGUCCUUAUGAUCGGUAAUCCUGUCGUAGGAAGUAUUCCUGAUGUUGACUUGUACAUUCACCGAUUGCAAUCAUACAAAAUGAAGUUUGAACUGAUUGCCUGUGACAUUCGCAAGAAGCGAGAAAUCGGAGUGAUGGUUACCAAGUUUUGUCUGGAAAACAUUGUGAGUGUCAUCCAAGGACUAAUCGAAAAUCUUAAUACCGAAAACAGUAACUUGGUGCUUGCAGUUAAGGGUAAAUACAAAAAAGCCUCAAAUGUUGAUUUACCCGAAGAUAAGAUUGAACAAAUUCGAUCGACGAUCAAGAAAUAUGUCCUGCCAGGAUUUGAGGAAAUUCUUGACGAAGUUAAGAUCUGUAUCCCUUACUCCUCUGACACUGCUGGAAUUUGGGGACUACCCCGAGGAGACGAAUUCUACAAACACAUUUUAAAAUGGCGCACUUCAACUGAUUAUACUCCCGAAGAAUUGCACCAAAUCGGGCUGGAUAAUGUGAAAAAGCUUCUGGAAGGUGUUCAAGCUGUCGUAAAACAGCUCAAUGAAAAAGGGGACACGAUUUUUAAUGAUGAAAACUCCCCUGAAGAAAAUCUGAGGAUUCUUUCGGUGGAUGAGAAGUUUCAAUAUGAAGAUAAUGAAAAGGGGAGGGAGGAAUGUAUUAAAGAUUAUGAACGUUUAUUAGAUGAAGUCACCGAUAAAGUGAGACACUUAUUCAACAUGGUUCCUCCUAAUCGGUGUAUCAUCCAGCCAAUGCCUAAAGAAAUGGGAGGCAGCCUUGGUGCUGCAGGUAUUUACUAUGAAGGUUCCUUAGAUUUAACGAGACCUGGAAUGUUUUUGGCCAAUCUGACUAAUUUGAAGCGUCAUAAUAAAAGUGGAAUGAAAACCUUGACUGCUCAUGAAGCGGUUCCUGGACAUCACUACCAGUGCUCAAUCGAGAGGGAGAACUUAAAGUUGCCCUAUUUUCGGAGAUGUAGAGGGUUUGGAAUGUUCGCUGCGUUUUCUGAAGGAUGGGGUUUAUAUGCUGAACAUCUUGGUAGAGAGACGGGGUUCUACAGAGAAGAUGAUGGAAGUGAGGGUUACAGUGUGUUGGGUUACUACUGUGCUCAGCUACUCCGUUCUACCAGACUGGUUGUGGACACUGGUAUACACGCCUUCAAAUGGACUAGACAACAGGCAGUAGAUGUGAUGGUUCAGAAUACCGGAAUGGAUAGGAUUGUAGCUGAGGCAGAAGUGGACCGUUACUCUUCCCUUCCUGGACAAGCUUGUGCAUACAAGAUAGGGCAGCUGAAAAUAUUGGAGAUAAGGGAGAAGUUGGAAGAACGGCCAGACUUUGAUAUCAGGAAGUUUCACGACAGAAUACUUGAUAUUGGAGCCGUUCCUCUGGACAUAUUGGAGGAGGUUAUGCUGUAAAGUGUAAACACGAGUGUAACUGUAACUUAAGGUUUUUAUAAACUUUACAUUUUACGAUCGUUAUUUUAUAUAUCCGUAUUUGUAGUUAUUCUAAUGUUGAACCUCCAGCCUUCUAUGUGGGCUAUGAAAUUUGUUGUAGUUGAAUUUUUACCUUUUUAGAACUUUGCAAUUAUUUACUGAUUUAAAUUCUGUAGUGUUAGUUUUUGUUGUUAUAUGGUACAAUUUAAUAUAAUAUAACAUGAUAAUAUUUAUGAAUAUGUUGCUUUAGUACUUUUGUCUCGCGAGUUAGGUGUUAAUUUACCCAAUUCAUUUCUUUAAAAGAAGCCAUUAAAAAUGAAAAAGUACUUUUUAGUUUGAAAAGGAUUCUUAUAUCUUUACCUAAAUUCCGCAAUUCAAAUUGCCACUAU